UGCGCCUCCGGAGGGGCGGGGCUUCAGGAAAUCUGACGUGCGUGCCUGAGGAACCGAGGAACACAAAUACCAGAAUUAAACAAAACGAUCAACUAAUUGCCCUAAUCGGGCAUUACAGGUUUAGCUUUCUGUUUUUAUCUUAAUUUAACCCCGCCCGUCUGAGCUAGCUUGACGAAGCUCACGCGAGCCUCCGUUUGGAGAAAAAGUCCAGCGCGAGCUCAUCCACAGAGCGAUCAUUUCUGUUGGGCGAGGCGACCGUUGAGGAUCGCAGUGAACGUGGUUUUGCUGCAGGUGCUGAUGAUGAUGUCACUCCGUCUUCUUUAGCCAAUCCAGGUAAAGGAAGCCGUUUGCUUUGUGCUGCAGGUGGAUGACUAUGGAAAUGAAAGUCAAACAGGAGGACAAAGACGUUACAUUCAGCAUCUCUGACACUAAUGGUAAACGCCCUGCUGAGGACAUGGAUGAGGAGCAGGCCUUCAAACGUUCCCGCAACGCAGAUGAGAUGGUGGAGCUGCGUGUGCUGCUUCAGAGCAAAAAUGCAGGGGCUGUUAUUGGAAAGGGUGGAAAGAACAUAAAAGCACUGCGCACAGACUACAAUGCCAGUGUAUCAGUCCCAGACAGCAGUGGCCCAGAGCGAAUCCUCAGCGUGAGCGCCGGCAUCGAUACUAUUGGAGACAUUUUGCUGAAAAUCAUACCAACUCUAGAAGAGUACCAACAUUACAGUGGGAUCGACUUCGACUGUGAGCUUCGUCUGUUGAUCCACCAGAGCUUGGCAGGUGGAAUCAUUGGGGUGAAAGGCGCCAAGAUCAAGGAACUGAGAGAGAACACCCAGACCACCAUCAAGUUGUUCCAGGAGUGCUGCCCACACUCCACUGACAGAGUUGUCCUGGUGGGAGGAAAGCCAGAACGUGUGGUUGAAUGCAUCAAAGUGAUCUUGGAGCUGGUGUCUGAGACAACCAUCAAAGGUCGUUCCCAGCCGUACGACCCCAACUUCUACGAUGAGACGUACGAUUACGGCGGCUUCACCAUGCUCUUCGAGGAUAGGGGGAGGCGGCCCAUGGGCGGGUUCCCCAUUCGCGUGCGGGGCGGGUUCGAGCGCCUGCCCCCGCCGCGCGGCAGCAGACCCCCACCCCUCUCUAGACGGGAUUACGACGACUUGAGUCCCCGCAGAGGUCCCCCACCGCCACUAAGCAGAGGGAUACGGGGUGGCAGCCGGGCACGCAACCUGCCUCUUCCUCCACCACCGCCGCCAAGAGGAGGAGACAGGUUCUCUCAUGGCAGCUAUCAUAGCAGCUUGGAUGACAGACCAAGUGACAGGAGAAGCCGGGGAGACCGUUACGACAGCAUGAGUGGAGACCGAUAUGGUGGUAGAGGCUCAUACAGCGAUAUUGGAGGCCCAGUCAUCACAACACAAGUCACCAUCCCAAAAGAUCUGGCGGGCUCCAUCAUCGGUAAGGGCGGACAGAGGAUCAAGCAGAUCCGUCAUGAGUCCGGAGCAUCCAUCAAGAUCGACGAACCACUAGAGGGCUCUGAGGACCGUAUCAUCACCAUCACGGGGACACAGGACCAGAUCCAGAACGCCCAGUACUUGCUGCAGAACAGUGUGAGGCAGUACUCCGGUCGCUUCUUCUAGAAAGCAAACGGGAGGAUGUGAAGAAGAGUGACGCCUUCUCCUUCCUCUAUUCAGAGCCAACAUUCCUCUGCUUUUAGUGGAUGUCCCUCCUCCCCUUCAGUCACCUGUGUAUACGUCACAGUUUUUAACUCUCUGAAAAUCCGUUUUUGUGCUGGUGUGACUAUUUUGGUUUUUCCUAAGACUCUCAUGCCAUCUCUGGACUCAUCUGUUGAUGUUCAAAGCGAGCCCUGGACCUUUUCUCCCACAUUACGGAGCAGCAUGCAGAAUGUAAUUAUUUUCUUCAGAACAUUUUGUGGUACCCCUCUCCCCUUUUUAUUUUGUUUUUGGAAAGAUAUUUUAACCAAGAUGCAUGUUUAUAGAAAAGUUGGGUUCCUUUUUUUUCCCAGUAUAAAGUGUUCAUUUGCAAGAAAAAGUUCAAGUAAAGUACUUUUGUCAAAAUUAGAUUAUUUUUUUGGACAAUUUGUUACUAAAAUACUGGUCAGUUCGAGUGUUACCCUGGAAACAUGGACUGUGUACCAUGUUUGCUUUGAUUUAGGAUUGCUAACUCAAUAUUUAAAAUAUUAUCUGCCUUUACAGUUGUAAAAGGAUGCAGUAGUAGAAAAACCAUUGAGCAGUCUGAAACACCUUUUUUAAUACUUGCCUUAUUUUUGUAUUCAAAACAGAUUGAAACAGACGCUGGGGUCAGCACAGAUUUGUUAAUAUUAGCAAAUCUUUUUUUUUCUUUUAAAGAAAAAAACGUGUCUAGAGGUUGUUGGCAGAACAGUGGUCCAACCCCAGCUAUCAAAUCGGCAGGACUGUAACAUAAUGGAUAUUCAAUGUGCUCCUGACUCUUUGCCACUGUGUUGUCAUGACAUAUAAUCAGACUAGCUGGUUCCAGUGCUUUAGUGCCAGCUAAAAUCAUUUUAGAUUUUUCUUUGAAAGUUUAAAUAAACGCACCAGACUGUUAAGGCAAGAAGGUUUAAAAAAAAAAUGUACAAAGUGUGUAUAUAUUUUCAUGAAAGCUGUAGUUUUGUGAGUUGUUAGAUUGGCCCACAUGACUUGAACCUUUUGUGAAACAGCAAAAGGCCAGCAUGGAAGUAAUUAUUAUUAUUAUUAUUUUUUGCCUCUCUUUGUACGGUGGCCUCGUGCUUUCAGUAUAACAGAACCAUAAAUUGAAAUAAAAUAAUUGCAAAACGACA